UUACAUAUAAUAUAAUUCUUAAGGCAUAACUUUUUUUUCUUUCCAAAAACAACUUUGUACAUAUCUCGGGAAAUCGCAAAAGCGCUAUUAAGCCGGCUAAACAUGAUCGCAAUGCUUAGUCUAUCGCGAUUUUCCAGAGAUUUUCACCUAAUCAAAACACCAGAGCUUUUACUUUUUCACCACAGCGUUGCAAAGGAGCGAGGAAAAACAUAGAGAGUUCGAGAGCAAGAGAUGAAAUGCCGAAGAAGAGAUUUUUCGAUGCAAAUGCCAUUCGGCUUUCCUCGCGACAUUGGUAUUAGUGCACACAAACAUGCAUACAUAUACGAACACACACAUACAUAUAGGCACACAAGGCGGAUGCUGACUGUUUGCAAAAAAGAAAAUGGAACAGAAAGCACAACAACACAAUGUUGCCCGCCAUCUCUCCGUGUGUGUUUGUGUGUGUGCGUGCUUGUAUGUGUGUGAGUGUUACUUGUGCGUUAGUGUGCGUGCUCGUUUCUGCUCGGCAAAACGAACGCUCGUCUGCAGCACUUAUCUUCAUGGGAUAAAUCUCGCUACUGGCCGCCGCAGUCUGUUUUCUAUACGGGCGUAAAGCGGUCGUCGAGCACGGUUAACAGAAAAAAUACAAAUAAACAACAAAAAACAAACACCCCAACCAAAAAACAACAACAAAGAUAACGAAGAAAUAACGCAAAUCAACGAAAUAUCAAAAAUAAAAAAACCAUAAAUAUUUGGCGAAAAUAAAGUAAUAAUAUUACCAAUUAAAAAGAGAGAAAUAAAGACGAAUUAGAACAAGCGGCAAAUGCAGAAAAGAAGCGAAAGGAGUUAGAUAAAAUUAGCCAAGGAUAAACCCCUAGACAAGAUAAAAAGAGAAAAAAAAAAGCCGAGAAAAAACACCGACACAAAAGAGAAGCCAAAUGAGGGAAAAUGAAGUGCCAAAGUGUUGAAAAUAAAGCGAAAGCCAAGAGACGAAAUUGAAAUAGAGUAUAAAAGGUUUUUCCGCUCAAUUUUAAUCGGUAUCGCGCGUUCACUUCCGUUCCGUUUCGUUACGUUUUGUUUGGCUACGAUCUGCGUUCGCCUUAGCCCAGCCGUUUCCGUUUCCGUUCCGUUCCGUUUCGUUCCGUUUCCGCUCGGCAAACAUUUAAAUGGCUACCAGCUGCUGCUUAUGAUGGAGACAUUCCUCGUCCUGGGCCUGUGUUUCAUCCUGUACGAGGCAUUGGAUUUCUUUCAGGGCUGCAUCCACAGUAAUACCCCAUCGCCCAGCGAUCAAAUCGAAGCCUAUCGCCGCGAACUCGACGAACAGCGCCAGCAGCAGCAGCAGGAACAAUUCCUGGCGGGAUUGACGCCGUUGCUAGGCGCUCAAUUUGCCGCUGCCGCCGCCGCCGCGGCCGCUGCCGCCGGUUCGCAGUCGACGUUGGGCAGUACGACCACGCCCACCGCCUCCACGGCCAGCGUGAUAAGUGAUUCAUACGAUCAGGAAUCGCAAUCGCAAUCGCAAUCUCAAUCGCAGUCCCAAUCGCAGUCCAAUCAAAAUCAACAGCAUUCGCUAAGCACGCCUGGCCUGUUUCGUCCCGCCGCCUUGGGCUACUACGAUCCGGAGGAUCCGUUGCAUGCCACAAACUCCCUACCGCGCGACUUUUACUAUCUGCAGCAGCAGCAGCUGAAGAACAAGGUCAGCUCAAGAUCGCUACUCUCCAAGUUCUCAUCGACCAACUCGGAUAAUCGCAUACAUCCGGAGGCUGGAGCCGGUUCAGGCCAUCAUCAUAGUGUCCUGGGGGCAGCGUCUGUUAUAACAAGUCAACCUUUACCAUCUGGCGGUGAGAUACCAUCCAGUCUCUUCGAUCAGCCGGGACAACCGGCUGUGGUGGUGCCACCACUGCAACUGCAACCCUCAUCACCACUAUUUGUGGAGCUUAAAAGGGCCAUUAUAAGUCAGAAUCAGAGAUCCCAACCGAUAAAGUAUCAGGCGAGAGAAGCAAUCGAAGAGCCACAGUGCCCUCAGUGCGAGGAAGAGCAGAUACAGUAUUUGGCAGAGACUUUGGACGAUCUUGCCGAAUCCGAAGAUCAACAGUAUUCGCCAGCCGAAGAAGAGGACGACGACGAAGAGGAGGAGGAGGAGGAGCAGAACGAAGAGCAGGAGGAUCGGGAGGAGCAGCAUCCCUACGUGGGAGGAGCAACCAGUGAGCCGGAUAUUUGUGCCGCCACACGACAACAGCUAACCAGGAUUCAUCACAUCGCCAUUGACGACAUCGCCACCGGACAGGAGCAUCAUCAUCAUCAUCACCACCAUCUCAGCAUUUCGGGACAGGCAACGUCGUUGGGCGCCAAUUCUCACGCAGACUUCAGGGAAAUCGAGUGCGAGCGACUGCGACGCAAGUGCGUUAGCGUUAAGCGCAUCUAUAGCAUAUCGGAAAAGUUCUAAUUCAGAUUCAGAUCAGAUC